CUCAGGUCGUCUUUCAGUAAGGAUCAUCUUCUACGUAUAUCUCUAUUGUUCCACAGAAGUAGCCAUUUACUACACAAUGUUGACUUUAAAGAUACUACUCCUCACACUUAUGAGUAGCAAUCUUUUCUUCAGAGUGUUCGCUAAUGACCCUGGGUUCUGCAACAAUGAGCCUGUGUGUAAACCUUGCAACUGUAACGCUGGUGGCAAAUGUCAAGGGUUUUGCCAUCAUGACGUUGGCGGGACAAACGGCCCUAAGCACUGCGAUACGCAGGCCAUGGGUUGCAAAUGUCCACCCACCAAUAAAAUGGCCCUAGCAGGAGUCUCAUUUGUUGAGCGCCGAGGCGGAUGUACACGUGUAGGCAGAGUAGUGCCUCGCCCAGAUUGCUCUAGAUACGGCAAUUAUUUUGAUUGUGAAAUCACUGGACCCGAUCAUUGCAAAUGGGAUCCAGAUAUUAGGAUAUGUUAUAGUAUUGGAGGUGGCAAGGCCUCGACCAAAAAGGAUCCGACCAAAAGUAUUCCAACCAAGAAGGAUCCGACCAAAAAGGAUCCGACCCAAAAGGUUCCAACUAAAAAGGUUCCAACCUGACUUCGUCGGACGCUGCUUGCUUUCUGAAGAUAUCAAACCUCGAUUGAGGAUUCGUGGAUGGUAGCUCGCGUAUUAGGCGAUGAUUUUAUACCAAUGUCUCGUGGAGGAAGUAAGAUCUCUGGGUAAGACAACAAAUAGAGG